AUGGAGUCCAGCGCAAAACAGGAUAGCGUCGCUGAAGGCGCUACUGCGGCCGAAAGGCACAUUGUGUGUGCGGACGUCGCGAAAAAGGGUGAGGAAGGAAGCGCGGCGGGCCAAAAGGGGGAUAUUUUAGACGAUUCGGACGUCGAGCAGGCAAUAGACGAGCGCCAGUACGCGAACAUCGAGGUGAGUCUAUCGCCUGUUGCCUCGAGGAGUCUCUUCUUCAUGAGAAGAUCUUGCUGAAAGAAUCGCACGCCAUACUGCACUGCAGUUUCUCGACGCUUGCGACGACCUUUCGGAGGAUGGCGGGUGGACCACCACCGACGACGAAAGCGAACUGAGCUUUGAGGACGCGGAGGUCGGUAGGGAUGAGCAAUUCGCGGACUAUUCACUCCAAGACAGUUCCCCCGCUCAUGAAAAGUGGGAAACGGUAUGCGAGUCGGGAGAUCCGGUGGCGGAAUCGUCGUCGUCUGAGUCAAAAAGCUGGGUGAAGACUAUCAGGCGUCUUUUGGGCCAGCUGGAUCGCGAGACAAUCGGCAGGCAGCAAGCGGAGGAGCGGGUCACAACGCUGGAGGAGCAGCUUCGAAGCGCUGGGCUCGUUCCACUCACUCGACCGGAGGCGCAGAGCAACCUCGCUGAGCGUACGGCGGGUCGCGUGCAGUAA